GGAAAUUGCUUUAGAAAAGUUUAGCUAAUAAUUGAAGAACUCAGGAUUCCAAUACAAGUUUACCCAACUGCAUACACAAGCUUCUAAACACUCGCUCCCGUUUCCUCAACUGGACUGUAGGCUCCUUAGGCCAAGAACCAUCUCAAUACUUUCCCUCUAUUCCUAGCACACACGCUAGUUGUGAGCAGCUCCUAGCAACACACCUGCUGGGCGGUAUUUAAAAUCAAUGGAAUACAUUUAAAAGAGGCAUGUAGCAGUUUCAUUUUAAAAUGUCAAUACAACACAAUAAGCCCGGAAACUGCCAUUUUAACUUGAGCACUGGUGGUCUCCGGCUGUGUGGCGCUGAGCGUGGCUACGCUGUAGGGAUCCCGGGGUAGGUGUUGAUCACACCUGCGUGGGGUGCAUCCUGUCCCUGGGCUGUGCGGACUUGGGCAGGUCACUUAAGCUUUUUGCGUGUUUCCGGGUUGUAAGUGGAAUACACAGCCCAGCGUUCAUCAGAGCGUGCCUUAACCUCCUUUCCCUUCCUCUCCUUGUGGGUCAUUUAUGAUCAGGACUGCGCGACUAUACUGAUGGGAACCCUGCGGACAUACUCCGGUUGAGCGAUGUGCCUGCCUGGAGGGUGCCCUAAAGAUAACACUUGUAGCAGACAUCCUCUUCUCUGCUAAUUGGAGCUGGAAUGGCUGCUGUCUUCCUUCCACGGGCUCCUGAAGAGCCAAAAAGGCUCUUAGAAGUAAGCAACAAAAAAAGCCCUGUCAGGGGUCAGGGAUCUGGCCCACAAGGGAGCAGCCCAAACAACCAGGAGUUAUCCCGCCAGCGCUUCCGACAGUUCUGCUACAAGGGGACUCCCGGGCCCCGUGAGGCCUUUAGCCAACUCUGGGUGUUCUGCUGUGAGUGGUUGAGGCCUGAGAUACACACCAAGGAGCAGAUGUUGGACUUGCUGGUGCUGGAGCAGUUCUUGACCAUCCUGCCUGAGGAGCUCCAGGCCUGGAUGCAAGAGCAUCAACCAGAGAGCGGGGAGGAGGCAGUGGCUAUGCUGGAAGAUCUGGAGAGGGAGCUGGAUGAACCAGGCCAGAAGGUUUCAACCCAGGCCUGUGCACAUGAAGUACUUUCUGAGACAUCGGUGCCUCUGGAUCCAGCUAAGGAAGCAACAUAUCUCCAGCCUCAACCCAUGGAAAUCCAGCAUAAGGGUGAAUGUCAGGACCCUCAACACCAACAGGAUUGUGAUGAUGUGAUCAGAAUUGAGGAAGGAGAAUCGAUUCAAAAGCAGGAACUUACUGUAUCUGUGGAAUCCCAAGAAAAGGUAUCUGGCCAAAUCAAUGAAGAGGUUCCUAAACGUGGAAAAACCCCAAAACAUGAAAGAUAUCAGAGAAACACUUCAAGGGAGAGAAGAUAUAAGUGUGAUGAAUGUGGGAAAAGAUUCACUCAAAACUCAAGCCUCAUAAGACAUAAAAGAAUCCACACUGCAAAGAGACCCUAUUCGUGUAAUAUAUGCAGCAAAACUUUCACUCAGAGCUCACAACUUAUUGACCAUCAGAAAAUACAUAGCCGAUUAAAACCAUAUCAGUGUGAUAAGUGUGAGAAAGCCUUUUAUUACAGUUCACACCUUGUUCAGCAUCAAAGGACCCACACUGGAGAAAAACCUUUCCAAUGUAAUGAGUGUGGGAAAGCUUUUCAUUACAGCUCAGGCCUUAUUCGACACCAGAGGACCCACACAGGAGAGAAACCAUACCAGUGUAAAUUCUGUGGGAAAGCUUUCUGUCUGAGCUCAUAUCUGAUACAACAUCAGAGAGUCCAUACUGGAGAGAAGCCAUACCAGUGUAGUGAGUGUGGGAAAAGCUUCAGCCAGAGCUCAGGCCUCUUCCAUCACCAAAGAAUCCAUAGUGGGGAGAAACCAUAUGAAUGUGAUGAGUGUGGAAAGUCCUUCAGUCAUAGUUCAGCUCUUGUUGGACACCAGCGAAUCCACAGUGGAGAAAAGCCCUAUGAGUGUAAUGAGUGUGGAAAAGCUUUCAGUAACAGCUCACAUCUUCUGGGACACCGAAGAAUCCACACUGGAGAGAAGCCCUAUAAAUGCAGUGUGUGUGGAAAGACUUUCCGGCGGAGCUCACACCUCAUUGUACAUCAGCGAAUCCACACUGGAGGGAAGCCCUGGUGAUGUCAAGAGUGGUGCAGAAUUUUUUAUCUAUGCUCAUUCCUGUGGAACAUCAGAAAAGCAAAACUAGAAAAGGAUGCUGCCAUUACAAUGAUCUAGGGAACUCUGCAUUCACUAUUGUAAUUUCAGCAGUCAUUUGAAAAUACAUAUGGAGCUGAGAUAUAUGGCUUGCCAAACAGUACUUUGUGAUGUUCUGCCCCUAGGCACACCAUCUGCUGAACUGGGACUUUGGAAAGGCUCAUUCCUUAUUCUCAAACUUUCUUCUCUGAAGCAAGUGGCUCAGGAAAUCUAAAUGUUCUAUUAGAUAUAUUACUGGAGAUUUUAGAGAUUACUAUUGUUCCUCUUCCCCUUCCCUUUUUCUCCUCCUCUAUUUUCUUUGGAGUUGGGAUAAUAGUCUUGUCUAGAGUGGGAAUUUAGAGUUAAUAUCUGACCUGCACGGGAAAAGAAAAACCUGAAUUUUUGGUUAACUUGAUGAAAUGCAUUAACCUAUCAAUUAUCUACACUAAAAACAUUGUGAAAUACAAAAGCCAUUUUGUAGUA